AUGGAGCAGGGACUCAGCAACAUCCCAGCCAGAGGGCUGGACAAGUUCAUAGAGGACAACCUCCUUCCCGACACCAGCUUCUGUGACAAGGUCAAUGCAGCCAUCGACAUCAUAUGUGAAUUCCUGAAGGAGAGAUGCUUCCGAGACGCCGCCCACCCUGUGAGGGUCUCCAAGGUGGUGAAGGGCGGUUCCUCGGGCAAAGGCACAGGACUCCAGGGCAGGUCGGACACCGACCUGGUGGUGUUCCUUACCAAUUUCACCAGCUUUGAGGAUCAGUUAAGCCGACGGGGAGAGUUCAUCCAGGAAAUUAAGAAACAGCUGCGCACGAUUCACGGAGAGAGACAUAUUUGUAUGAAGGUUAAGGUUCAGAGUCCACGGUGGCCCAAGCCCAAGGCACUUAGUUUCAAGCUGAGCUCCCCCAAGCAACAACACAAGGUGAAGUUUGAUGUGCUGCCCGCCUAUGAUGUCCUGGGUCAACUCAACUACAUCAAGCCUGACCCUCAAAUCUACAUCGAUCUCAUCAGUGAGUGCACCUCCCUGGGGAAGGAGGGCAAGUUCUCCACCUGCUUCACAGAGCUCCAGAGAAACUUCCUGAAGCAGCGUCCACCCAAGCUGAAGAGUCUCAUCCGCCUGGUCAAGCAUUGGUACCAACUGUGUAAGGAGAAGUUGAGGAAGCCGCUGCCCCCCCAGUAUGCCCUGGUGCUGCUCACAGUCUAUGCCUGGGAACGUGGGAGUGGAGCCCCUGAAUUCAAAACAGCCCAGGGCUUCCAGACAGUCUUGGAACUGGUCACCAACUACAGGCAGCUUCGAAUCUACUGGACAGAGUAUUAUGACUUUCAGCACCAAUACAUCUCUGACUACCUGCACAGACAGCUCAGAUCUAGGCCUGUGAUCCUGGACCCUGCUGACCCAACAGGGAACGUGGCUGGUGGGAAGCCAGAAGCCUGGCAGCGACUGGCUGGAGAGGCUACGGCCUGGCUGGACUACCCAUGCUUUAAGAACAGGGAUGGUUCCCGAGUGCGCUCCUGGGAUGUGCCGGCAGAGGCUGAAAAGCCACAGGAAUGUGUUCUGGCAGCACAGCAGCACCAGCCCAGAAAGCUCUGGAGUCGGGAUGUGCUCUUCUGCUGCAGGCCUUGA